AUGAAGUCCACCUUCGUCUCCGCGAUCGUGCUGCUUGCCGGCCACGCCGCGGCUCAUAUGGCCAUCACCUACCCGCCGCCCCUGCGAUCCAAGCAGAACCCCUUCGCCGGUCAGGACAUCGACUACAGCAUCACCAGCCCUCUGAGCGCUUCUGGAAGCGACUUCCCCUGCAAGGGCACCUUGAACCUUCUCGGCACCGCUGCGGCCUCUCCCGUUGCUACUUGGCAGGCCGGCCAGCAGUACAACAUGACCAUCGCCGGCGGUGCCAACCACAACGGCGGUAGUUGCCAGGCUUCCCUCUCCUUCGAUAGCGGCAAGACCUUCACCGUCAUCCACAGCUACAUCGGUAACUGCCCUGUCGCAGGCACUUCGUCUCUCACCUUCACCUUGCCUGCCGACACCCCUUCUGCCAAGGACGCCCUGUUCGCCUGGACUUGGUUCAACAACGUCGGCAACCGAGAGUUCUACAUGAACUGCGCCGUCAUCACCACCACCGGCGGAGGUGGCAGUGCUUCCACUCCCUUCGCCAGCCGUCCUCAGAUCUUCAAGGCCAACAUCGCCAACGGCUGCAGCACCGUCGAGGGAUCCGACGUUCUGUUCCCCAAUCCCGGCCCUCCUGGAGACGUCACCAACGCCGGCACCAAGACCGCUGCCCCCGUCGGCACCUGCGACGUCGCAGUCGGUGGUGGUAGCUCUGGAGGUGGUAGCAGCAGCUCUCCCAGCAGCUCUGCCAACGCUGUCGCUCCUGCCCCGUCCGCUCCGGCCGCUUCUCAAGUCUCUCAGCCGAGCUCCCAGUCGACUACUCGCGCUGCUGGAGGUGCCUCUUCAUCUGCUGGACUCCCUGGCGGCGUCUUCCACACUGUCCCGGCCUCUAGCAACUCUGCCGUUGCCUCUGCCCGACCGACCACACUUGCGACCGUCAGCAUUCCCGCUUCACCCAGCGAAGAGUGCACCGAAGGAUCUGCGGCACCCACCGCCAUGCCUGCUCCCACUUCGGCAGUCGUUCCUUCAGCCGCCCCCUCUGCCGCUCCAUCCGCAGCUCCAUCCGCAGCUCCCUCGCCUGGCGCCGGAUCUGGUGAUGCAGCAGACGGCUCCAUGACUCCCGGCAAGGCCUGCACCCCCGAGGGCCAGUGGAACUGCGUCUCCGGCACUCAUUUCCAGCGUUGUGCCUCUGGACAGUGGUCGGUGCUCAUGAGUAUGGCUCCUGGCACCAAAUGCCAGUCUGGCACAACCGAGGUCCUGGUCUGGCAGAAGAAGAGAGCCCACGGUCGCCGCUCCCUCCGCGCUAGACACCACAUCUAA